AUGGGGUGCGGUAGCAGCAGCUUAUCGAAGCACAUGCCUUUGAUGAUGCUUUCCGAGGGCGCCGCGUACGGCAAGGCGCGCAAAUCAGCCACUAAAGACCUCGUCGACGCGCACAAGGAGUUUUAUAACGCGUCCUCCGCUUACGCGGACUCUCUCAAAACCGCCGGCACCGCGCUGUUAAUCUACUGCGAGGGGACGAAUAUUUUCAUCGGGUCCGCGCUCGGGGCGAAUGUUCCGCCGCAGGCCUUUCAGAACGUUCCGCCAGUGCAGGUGUCGGAAGUUUCCGGGGAAGACGCGGCUGCGGGAGAUACGACGGAGUACGCGGCGGGAAACGCGGUGGAGCAAAGUGGGUCGGGGGCGUCUAACUCGAUUUUGCUUGCGGGUUCCGGAAGUUCCGCCGCGUUGCCUGCGCCGAGUCCCGUUCCGCCGCAGCACGUUGCGCCUUCUCCGUCCCCUCCCCCUCCGCCAAGAGACGCGGCUCCUGGGGGGGCUCCUGGCGCAGCUCCUCCGCCAGGCCCCGGCGGACUUCCGCCAGCCUAUCCGUACGGCGGCUCCGCGCAGUAUCCGCCGCCUCCGCCCGGUUCUGGUUACCCUCCGCCUCCGCCCGGUUCUGGUUACCCUCCGCCCCCCCUGAUCGGCGGCGGAACUCCUCCCCCGCCGGGAGGUUCCGCGUAUCCACCGCCGCCCCCGUAUCAAGGCGCUCCGCCCCCCUAUCAGGGCACUCCGCCCGCCGCUUACCCACAGUCUAGCUCCGGAGGGUAUGGGGGGCCGCCGUCGUAUCCCCCCCAGGGCGCUCCCCCUCCGCCGUUCCCCGGAUAUGGCUCCCCCGGGGGGCCUCCGCCUCCCGCGGGGGGUUACUCAGGGGUGUAUCCGCCCCCUCCGCCGCCUGGCGGAGCGUACGGCGCUCCCCCGCCUGCGCCCGCGGGCGGAGCGGGGGGGUGGGAGCAGCGGCCGCAGGCGCAGCUUCCGCCUCCGCAUCCCGCGGGAAAUUCCGGGCAAAUUCUCGGAAGUUCCGGGAAUUUCGGCGCGCCAGGCGCGUCGGGAGUUAUGGGGGGGUCAUCAGGGAUGCUCGCCGGGUCGGGGCAAAUAAUAGCCUAUGUUGGUCCUAGCGGCGGCGCGGUUUUAGGCGACAAGUGGGCGGACGAGUUCGCUAAGAAGGUGAACGCGCAUUUCCUGGAAGCUUCCGCGCGGAUCACGGCGCUGGUGGAGCUUCUAAAAGUCGGAGCGCCCAUUCCGAAGAACGCGAUUCCGCCGCUGACGGUGGCGGCGGCUACUAAGGAGGGCGGGCAGCUGGAGAGUAUUGGCGACACGGUUCAGAAGCUGCUGAACUGGGAGCGCGAUAUUAACGACAAGAUCUGGGAAAUGGAGACGAUUCGCGCGGAGUUGAAGAGCAAGGACAAGCGCGUGCGGAAAGAAACAGCGCGGGCGAGCGGGAACGCGAACGCGGAUCCGCGGAAGCUGGAGGGCGCGCAGGUGAAGCUGGGGGACGUGCAGCACCGCAUGGCGGGCGCCAGCGAGCGCGUGGUCACCGCGUGUCAUGCUGUGGAGGCGUAUAAGACGGACCUGCUCUUCCCCCAGCUGCUGCGCCUGCUGCCCUGGUGCGUUGGGACGGACCUGCUCUUCCCCAAGCUGCUGCGCCUGCUGCCCUGUCUGGUGUCCACGUGGCACUCUCUCUCCCAGGUGCACGAUCAGCAGCAGCAGCUGGCGACCAUGCUGGCCAAUCACUACAUGCCACCUGUCACCCACGAGGGGGCCAACACUGCUGGGCAGGCGCCGCUAAAUCCUGGUGUCAUGCAGGUCCCCAGCACCACCAAGGCGCAGCACGAGGCGACUAAGAAGCUGGACGACGCGUUCAAGAAGUGGCACUCCUCGCUCAGUCUUCUGUGCGCAGCACAGCGCAAGUUCUUCUCCGCCCUCAUCACCUGGGUGCGAAAGACCCUCGCCUUCCCCCCAGACUUCCCCAAGCCGCCCCUCCCCGGCACGGCCCCGCCCCCCGGCCAGUACGUGGCCAGCUGGGCGCCGGGCGGCGCUGCUGCUACACCGGCCCCGCCCCCUCCCCCGCCACCAGGUCAACAACACGUGGAGGGGCCGUUGGUAGCACUGGGGAAUGACUGGGUGAGAACGAUGGACCGGCUGCCAGAGAAGGAGGUGAAGGAUGCCGUGAUGGGGUUCUGUGGGUGGAUCAACCAGGCUUACGAGCGGCAGAAGGCAGAGAUGAGGCAGCUGAAGCUGCUGCAGGACAGCUUGAAGCAGUUGUCCAAGCAAGAGUCAAAGCUAGAGCAGCUGCAGCAAAAGGAGAGAGAACUGCAGCUGGCCCUGGGAGGCCCAGCAGCAGCAGGUGCAGAGACACCAGCAGAGCAGCAGGCAAAGCAAGCGAAAGCAGCAGCAGCAGCGGCUGAGGUUGCCAGCUGCAGAGUUGCCUUGGAGAAUGCAAGGAACAAGGUGAAUGCGGAAAGUGUGGCCCUGGAGAGGCUAGGGGCUGACGCCAGGGCAGCUGCUUUGUCCGGGCUGAGACAAGGUCUGCCAGUAGUAUUCGAGAAUGCUGGAAGGUUUUCAGGGACGGCAUCGCAAGCGUAUGCCAUGUUGCAGACACAGCAUGCGCCAUGGCUUCCAGUGCAGGUGUAG